UGGCUCUGAGAUGUUAAACAUCCAGGAGUAGAAUGGCGGCUGGUACUUGGAGUCUGCCACUGAUUGUGGAAACCUGGAGUUCACUCAGAUUGAAUAAUCUUCCAAAAGAUCGGAGACCCAGGCUUGGACCUGGGGAAAACCUGGACCUUAGCUCGGUCGUGCCAAAUUGGUCGUUCAAAGGCGCUCCGCUGCACUUGGGUCAGCGCGGAGGCCGUCCAAAUAAACGAACAGAGGGUCUACCCUUGCGCCCCAGCAUGCCUCUGGCAGCAGGACCAAGUUCUCGUGGCGACUUUCUUAAGCCUGUUGCUGGUGCUUCCUUCCCUCACCGACGUCGGCGAUCGGAGGAGGGAAUCCUCACGUCCGUGGUAGGUGCCUCCUCCUCUCCUCGAGGUCGUCAGGAAAUAGAGGAGAGAGCCUUGCCAAUGGUGUCUGCAAGGCUUGACGCACCACCGGGGGUCGAGCAGGCAUGCAAGGAGAAGAAAACGGAGAAAAAAGGAUUGGGGGGGAAGGUAUUUGUGGUGUUUGGUGGGGGUGGGUACGUCGGCAGCCGUCUGUGCUUGGAACUGGCUGCUAUGGGAGCUUCUGAAGUACGUGCAUUUGACCGGUUCAUGGAUCGGUCUGUUUCCGAGCUUCUGAAGGAAAGAGGCAUUGUGUGCUUCCUCGGAGACUCGAUCGAGAAGGAUGAGAUUGUAUCCGCUGUCCGAGGAGCCGAUUGCGUCUUCCUUGCCUCCCCGUUUGGAGCAUCUGAUCCUAAGAAUCUUUUUCAAAGAGACCACUUGCAUUUUGUCAAUCUGAGGGAUAUUCAAUGUAUAGUUGAAUGUUGCCAGGGCUUGGGGGAACUUACGGCGCUCAUCUACAGCAGUCCUUGUCUGGCGCGUCAUCGGGACUGGGGGGUUGAAGAGUUGAGGGUUGGCGAUGAUCCUGGUAGGAGUUGGGAGUCGUUUGCUGGCCCUUCUUCUCGACUUGGUACAGAGGACACGUGCGAGGAGGACAUCCUUGGAGCAGAGAACAUGGAGACAUGUAUGGACAGGAAUGGCGUUGCAGAGCUGCUGGUCUUGAAUGCGGGCAGGCAUUGCGGUGAAGGGGUUUCGUCAUCGAGCAGCGAUGCCUACUCCUUGUUGAAAGGAGAAAAGAGCAAGUGUCAGGAGACAAAUGUACUGGCGGGAGAGCUGUCAUCUUCUGCAGGCCGCCGCUUGCGGACGUGUGUCUUGAGGCUGCCUUUUGUCUAUGGACCUGAAGAGAGGGAGCAUCUCCCUAGUGUCAUGGCGUUGAUUCGUUGGGGACUCUUCUUCCCUGUGGGCGAUGGAAGUCUGCUCCAGGAUUUUGUCCACGUUGCCAAUGUCGUCGAAGCUCACGUGCUGGCCUAUCUGGCACUCGCUGAGGAGGAAGAACAAACACUGGACUCCGGGCGGAAGAGACAAGGAUCAUUGAGAAGAGAAGAAGAGGACGGAGCAUCCCGAGAUGUGCAAGAGGAGCUGCUCAGAUUGCCAGUCAAGAAGAGAUGUUAUUACAUUUCGGAUGGGGAACCACCCAUCAACUUCUUUGAGUUCUACCGUCCACUGGUUGUUGGUCUUGGUCGGUCUCUUCCUUCGUGGCGAUUGCCCAGUUCCUUGGCUUUCGCCGCGGAGACGGUUGCCAGGCGAAGUUAUCUUUUUCUUCUAUCAUGUCUGCCGAAAGCUCUCCUGAAUCCGGUCCUCAUCCCUGCCGACAUGUACCGUCUUUCGCUCGCUGACAGCCGUCCAAUGUCCAUUUCAGAUCCAGCAGAGGAUCUGAGCUAUGUGCCAGUUGUUUCCCGAGACGAAGGGAUGACGGAAAUUGUGAAGCAUUGCAGGAGUAGAGUACUGGAAGGUGUCGAAGGCCCCAUUUUUUGGGAAUGGGUAGCCAUUUCGACCGGCCUUUUGAUCACCUUCCUUGUCGGAUAUGCUCCACUCGGUAGCUUAGGGUCCUUUGAGCGUGUAAGGGACGUAGGGUUGCUGCUGUUUGGAAGUGUGGAAAUGCUUCGCCAAGUCUUCUGGUGGGCCUUCGCCAUUCAUGUUGUGGAGGCGUGCAUAGCUUGGGCACUGGCUCGGCAGAUUGAGCCACAUAAUUCCACUGGAUGGUUCUUGCAGACCUUCUGGUUGGUGCUUUUCAAUCUGUAUGGACCGCGGGUUGAACCUGGAGAUGAUGUCCGAUUCAAGUUCAAGCUGAAUUUCUUCGUCGCACUUCAGUGCCGAUGGGAUUUGCUGUUGUCGAAGGGCCGGAGGGUGGUGGUCGUCGGCGAUUUGAACAUAUCUCCCUUUCGCAUCGACACAUGCUCAUAUGGCCCGGACUUUGAUCUGAACCUAUGUCGACAAUGGUUGCAUUCAAAUUUGAAGAGUGGCCAUGGUGACAGUGACAAGAAGUUUGUUGAUGUCUUCCGUCAGAUGCAUCCAUUCAGGAAAAAGGCGUAUACGUGCUGGUCGCAAUCAUCUGGUGCGGAGGAGUUCGAUUACGGGUCCCGUAUCGAUCUCAUCCUUGCGGCUGGCCCGUGCACGAAGGAGGGUAUUAUGCAUGGCCCCACAGGAACGGAAACGUGUGGGGAAAGACGAGCAGAUGGUGGCGCUGGAACGAACGAAGACGAACACAGCUUCUUCGAUUGUGAGUUUCUGCACUGUGAGAUAAUGACUGCUCUGAAGAGGUGGAAAGGGGGAGGGGCAGAUGGUCCCGAUGCGGCAACCAAAUGGGGGGCAAUCAAGCUGGAGGGGUCUGAUCAUGUGCCUGUGUAUGCCGUGCUGAAGGAUCAGAAAGGCUGUGGUCUACACAGAGUGCCCUCAUCUGCUGCACGCUAUAUGCCAGAAAUACGAGGACGGCAGCAGAACAUCGCUUGCCUGUUACUUCCCAAGGUGAAUGGGACAAGGGAAGAGGCAUGCCUGUCGAAGAACGAGCAGCUGGGAGCGGAAACCAAACUCACAACAGCUCCUUCGCAUCAUCCGUCGAAUCGAUCCGAGACGGUAAACGAAGUGGAUUUGGCGUCCUCGAAGCGUGAUUCAGUUGCCUUUUUUGCAGUCGGUCAAGGCCGCAAUGAGGAAAAUUGUGCCGGUCGCGGACUUCCUUCGGGAGCUGGCAGUGUGGUAGGCUGCAAUGAGGAAAAUUGUGCCGGCCGCAGACUUCAUUCGGGAACUGGCAGUGUGGUAGUGCGGGUAGGGUAUCGUGAAGGUGGGAGUGGAUCGCACACAGCGGGCAAUCCUUCUAGAGAGGGACCACCACCAUUGUUGACAGCAAGUGGCACUAACUUGGGGGUGGAAGAAGCGGGAGCUGCAACAAUAGAUGAACAGGGUGAGGGUGAAUCGGAAGUCACGCGAAGCAGGAGCACGAGUUACGUCGAAAGUCAAGUAACUGUUACAACAGCCGGUUUGGCAGUCACGGCAACCGAAUGGAGGAGGAGGAGGAGGAAUGUUAGGCCAACGGGGGGGGGUGGCAUCGUAGAAAGUCCAGCAAUAGCAGCAGCAGCUGAUUUGGCGAAAAGGACAAGCGAACAGAGGGGCGUUAGACAGUGCGGUUUUGAGGUUCCACUGCGGCAUCAAGAUUCGCAAGCAAGCAUGGAGAAAGGGGGCGCCGCUUUGGACAGGAGAAGCGUGAGAGGGGGUGGCCGGGCAGUGAAGAGGCAGAUGAAAGGUGGUUUGCAGAGUAGUAUCCGCAGCUUCUUCGUCGCGAAAGAAGAGAGUAAACAUGAGAAGGAGAUAAGAGGAGGGUCCAACCCCGAUGGGCUGUUGGCAUGGUCUCUUGCAUCAGGAAGGCAUGAAGAGGUUGUUACAGGACUGAGCGUCCACAAAGCCACUGUGAAGUCUCUUAUGAAAAAUAAUCUCAUUGUCGCGGUAGCCAUGGACAGCAACACACAGGAAGGCGAGCAACUGUGCCCUGAAUGCCACCGUUCUACUCAUGACAAGGCACACAAAGGUGGUGGGAAGAGUACGGCUUGUGUGGAAUGGCGAGAUCUUGGGAAAGGCGGCAUAGCUUUGUGUGGAACACACUGCUCAGUCGUCAACGAGAAUGCCACGAAGACUUCUUCGGGAUUGCCAGAAUCGCCCACGUGUUCAUCCUGCCAGAUGGCAGAGGAAGAGAAAAGCGGAAGCACGGGUGUUUCUGCGAUACGCUCUCGUGCCACCUCAACACCGCUGCAAACUGAUUGCAUCACCAAUCGACACAUUGAUGAUGUGCACAACACGAGUAACUGUGUAGUGGAUGAGCAGGCGACUACAGCUUGUCGAGGACGUGAAAUUGAAGAGAGAAAUGCAAUGACAAGGAAUCAAGACGUGUCAGACGACGAACCUGCAGGUACAUGUGUUAAGUACAACGAACCUGCAGGUACACGUGUAAAGUACGACGGACCUGCAGGUACACGUGUUAAGUACGAUGAACCUGCAGGUACACAUGUUAGGUACGAUGAACCUGCAGGUACACGUGUUACGUACAAUGGAAUGCAGAAAGAGGAUCGCGUUGCUUCUCUAAGCGAGUCAGCGUUAUGUGUCCCCGUUCUGAUGCAUGAAGCUAGGCUCAAUGAAGGGUGCGUUGGUGGUGGAUCUGUGAAGGAAGGCCUAACCGACAGGCCAACCUCCAUUUUGGGAAAGAGGUCAGUUACAGCUCAUCUUGAUGGCUGCGAUGGCGAUGAGGGUACGGGGAGCGGAAAUGGGGUAGUCGAAGUUCCUGCGGAUAGCGUGGACAUCUGCUCAGUGCCGAGCAGUGGAAGUGACGGAACAGGAGAGCCGCCGGCAAGAAAGAAAGAAGGAUUGGUGUUUGAAGCAUCUGGGGCAGUCACUGAAUGGCAGAAACUCAGAUCCAGGAUGCAGAUGUCGGUCCCGCUCUGCAAUGGACACAAAGAAGCGUGCGCAUUUCGUGUCGUAAAGAAAGUGGGGCCAAACGUUGGGAGGGGAUUCUACGUCUGCGCCCGGUCCAUGGCCGCGGCUCUGAAAUUUGCACGAGUGAAACUGAUAGCAAGCAGAUCAAGAGUUCGAAUACAGUAACGGUAAGGGGGGGUCAUGCAUCCCUUGAACAAAAAAGGAGAAAAACAAAACAAAAACAAAACAAAAACAAAACAAAAAC